AUGGUGUUGACAAUCUCGAAUUACAGGAUCAAGGGAUUGGCCUCCAUCUCUUUGAUCAUUCUUGUUCUGCUCUUUACCAUGAUCACGAUCAUGAAUGAUUGUUCCAUCAUCUUUGCCCAAUCCUCGGACACGACAGAUUCACCUUCUCCCCUUCCUCAUCUUCACGGUCAUCAUCACGAUCAUUUCAAAACUGUGAAUCCCUCCACCUCCUCUUCAUCAGCACCAUUAUCUGAUUCUCAAGAAUCUUCCUCUUUACUAGCCAAAUCUUUAAUUGAAGACCGAAAACAACGAAAGGAAUCACUUUUUACAGUAUCGGAACACAUUCAACAAUCCUUUCCUCUCAUCAAACCCAUGACUCAAUAUGGAGAAGGAGUUUUUGAGGAAUAUGUAAGAACAGCUCUCAUCUCAUAUGCUUGUUUUACUGUUGCUUACUUUGUCUUUCGAAUUUUAAUCAUUCCGUUGUUGUUGAAAUUCGGAGGACCUUCCUAUUUGGAAUAUUUUGAAAAAAAUAUUACCUUGUAUGAACAGGCUCAUCAUUCUCAAGUCGUGUUGAGUUUUAUACAUGCCGUGAUUGCAACAGUGGGAUCGUAUUUUUGUACGAUUCAUUUGUUUGGUUUGGAUAUGUUACAUUUCGGAUUGGAGAGUGCUUUGAAUCAACCGUAUGAUCUUGAAAUUUUCAAAACUCGACACACGUAUAUUGCAUUGACUUUGGGCUAUUUUGUUGCAGAUUUAACGUUUUACUUUUUUAAUCAUAUUCAUCCAUUCUCUCCGAAUAGAAAGAGUUUGAGGGAAGUUUAUUUGAGCAUGAAAAAGCAAGCACUUGGAUUGGAUCUGUUGCAUCAUUACAUUUCAUGUAUCGCAUAUAUUUUCUUCUUCUCCCUCAAUGCUGGAAGUUUUUUAAUUAUUUCAUUUGAAAUUAAUGAAGUGUCGACUCCUUUCCUGCAUGUUCGAUACUUUGCAAGACAAUGGAAACAAACCAACAAGUGGUGGUAUCAUUUGAAUCAGGGAUUAUUUGUGUUGACAUUUUUCCUUUCUCGCAUUGUGUAUAAUGGUAUAUUGAUGUGUUUCGUGUUGUGGUCACGCUUUACAUUGGGACAUUUCACAUCCUUUGGACAGCUAAUUCUGUAUUAUUUAGUUCAAUUGUUGUGGUGGUUCGCCAUUAUGAAAAUUAUUCUCAACAAGAUUAGGGGAGCAGAAAAGCACAAGGAAGAGUAA